UGGAGUUGGCAAGCCACACGCCAGUCGUCGUCAAAAUAUCCAGCGGUACGUCACGGCUGCUCGAGGCUUCGUGGCUUGGGGUGCACGACUUGCCAUUCGCCUCAGGAGUAACUUAUACGCUCUUGGGGAAAACGUCGGCAGAACGGGAAAAAUUAGUGUAGCGAGAAUGUCUUGACACCGUGUGCCAAGUAUUUUGCCGUCAGACGAAUCAUAACAAGAAUCAAGAAGGCAUAGAGACUUACCAGACAUCAAUCAGUCCACCACCAUGAAGAUCGCAAGUCUCAAGAAGCAUUCAUCGCAGCUGCUCGUGGCCAUGGCUGCCUCCAUGGGCUACAUGACCAUCGGGCUGGUGCGGGGCUGGUCGUCGCCAGGACUGCCCUCCAUGAUGGACCUCAACCCGGAGCUCAUCCCCAGCGAAGAGGUCGUGUCGUGGGUUAGCGCGGUGCCGCCCAUGGGCGCCAUGUGCGGGUCGCUGGCCGUGGCGCCGGCGCUGCAGCGCCUGGGCCGCAAGCGCUCGCUGAUGCUGGCCGCGCCGCUGUUCGUCACGGGCUGGACGCUCAUCGCCUUCGCGACGUCGUCCGCCAUGCUCAUCGCCGGCCGAAUCCUCUGCGGCUUCUGCGCGGGGCUCGUCACGCCGUCCGCGCAGGUCUACGUGAGCGAGAGCGCGCACGCCAAGACGCGCGGCAUCCUGGGGUCGCUGCCGGCCCUCUUCAUGGCGGGCGGCGUGCUCAUCUCGUACGUGCUGGGCACGUGGCUGUCCUGGAACCACCUGGCGCUCGCGUCCGCCGCCUUCCCCGCCCUGCUGUUCGUGGCGCUGCUGCCGCUGCCCGAGUCGCCCGCCUGGCUGCUGUCGCACGGCCGCGUGGACGAGGCCAAGGAAGCCCUGCGCUGGCUGCAGCGCACCGCCGACGUGGCCGCCAUCGAGCUCAACGUGAUGCAGGCCAAGGACGGCAGCGUGGCGCCGGCGAAGCCCCCCGCCGACCCGCGCGACCGCGAGCGCCGCCUGUCCGUGCUGUCCGCGCACGCGCCGCACGGCCAGCCGCUGUCCGCCGAGGAGGAGAUGGAGCAGCACGCCGACGAGGAGAUAGCGGGCAUCGCGCGCGACGAGCGGCGCCGCUCCAUCAUCAUGAAGAAGCCCACCGAGGGCGACCUCGCCUUCAAGUCUUUCCUGCGCCGGCCCGUGCUGUAUCCGUUCUUCCUCUGCCUGGCGCUGCUGGGCUUCCAGCAGGUCAGCGGCAUCGACACGGUCAUCUUCUACACCGUCGAGAUCUUCAUGGCGACCGAGAGCUCCAUCAACGACUACCUGGCCACUAUCCUCAUCGGCAUCGUGCAGCUGGUGUGCACGAUGCUGUCGCUGCUGGUGAUCGACCGGGCGGGCCGUCGGCCGCUGCUGCUGGUGUCCGGCGCCACCACGUCGCUGGCCAUGGCCCUGGUGGGCACGUACUUCUACCUGCAGGACCGCGGGCGCGCGGGCGGGCUGGGCCUGCUGCCGGUGGGCUCGCUGCUGCUCUUCAUGGUGGGCUUCUCCCUGGGCUACGCCAACAUCCCGUUCCUGCUGAUGGGCGAGCUGCUGCCCGUGCGGCAGCGCAGCGUGCUCAGUUCGCUCGCCGGCUCCUUCAACCUGGGCACCAUGUUCCUGGUCAUCAAGACGUACCCGCAGCUGCGCCACGCCAUGGGCACCGACGGCACCUUCUGGCUGUACUCGGCGCUGUGCCUGGCCUCGUGCUUCUUCGUGGCGCUGCUGCUGCCCGAGACCAAGGGCAAGACGCUGGACGAGAUCGAGAGCUACUUCGAGGGCAAGCACCAGCGCGCCAAGGCCAAGCGGAAGGCCAAGAUGGACGCCGCCAACAAGGCCGUCCAGACCAAGGUGUAGGCCAAGACAGUCGCGGCGCGUUAGCUUUAAGCGGCUUUAAGCGAUUCCUUUUAGUUUUAAGUACAUUUACUCGUGGACUGGACUCGAACCAAAAACGCCAAGUUCAAAUUCCGACGGGUUUUCUCAGCUGGUGCGGUAACAGGCAGUCGAGAUUAGAAUUAAGGCGAGCUGGGCGUUGUAGCUACACUGUAGCUACACGGGUUAUCUGCGCCAUAUGGGAGGAAUACAUACACGGGCGCACUCUGUGAUCUUGAACAAUGACUAUAGUACCUGAAAUCUUCUUUGAAAAGGGCUCGUACCAGGCUGUACUGUUCCGUUUUCCCGAUUCAACGAACGCCACAUUUUGUUGUAGAUGUGUUUAUUCCAUAAUGCGACAGUGGUGGAUUACUAUCGCGGUUAGUAUUCCUAAUCUAAGGAUCUUAUAAAUUAAGCAGACAAAUAAAUCGACAAUAAAUAGAUCAUUUUUAAAAACGUUCA